AUACAAGAAAUCCAGUUUCUGAACAUCUAUCAAUAUCAAUAAUGAGGUCUCUAGGGGGUUUGUGAUUGAUUUUCUUUCCUGCGAAAUUCACUGAAAAAGUAAUAUUACAGCCAUUGGAGUUCCUUGAAAAACCUAGUAAUCUGCAGAAUAAAUGUUGCACGAUGUCAGACCCAGAACCAGAUCAGAAUGAGCGAGAGAUGCUGAGCAUGUUCGCCAGCGUCUGGGUGAAGGUGGAGGUUAAUGAUGAAGGUCAGGAGAGCAGCAGUGAGCAUCCACCUGGUGAUGGAGAUGGGGAGGUUCAAGAAGUCAAAAAGAAAAAAAAGAAGAAGAAAUCAGAAUCCCCUUCAAAGAAACCUAUACUAAGCUGUGAUCUCUGCGAAUAUAAAACUGUCUACAAAAACUGCAUGGAUUUCCACGUUAUGGGGCAUAAUAAGCUAAAACCAUAUGCUUGUGAAAUUUGUGACUACUGCACUAAGUACCCUACCUCAUUGCAAAGACAUAUGACGAUACAACACAAUUUAAAAAUCAAGGCGUCCGGAGGAAAAUUAGAAGAGCAUUUCUGCGAUGAUUGUACGUACAAAACAUAUUUCAAAUGGAAUCUCAAAGCACAUAAGCGUAAACAUAAAGAAGAAAAACAAUACAAAUGCGAACACUGUGAGUAUGAGACAGCUUACAGACAUAAUUUCAUGAAACAUAGACGAGUACAUAAUAAGCAAGAAGUAAUUUUCAAAUGUGACAAAUGUCCGUUCGUGACCAAAUUUGAAGGACACAUAUCCAGGCAUUUGGCUAAAAUUCAUAAUGAGGUGUCCGAGAAAGCGAAUAAGUGUGAUGUUUGUGAUUUUUCCACUAAAGUUAAAUGGAGAUUGAACGUACAUAAACGGAGAAGUAUGCAAACUAACAAAUUGAAGUGUACGUACUGUGAAUUUGAAACGAUAUACAUGUGUGAGUCUAAAAAGCAUAAAUUGAAACAUUAUUCUGAAGUUCAGACUGACAGAAAAAGUGAAAGUAAUUCUGAACAGAGUAAAAAAACUGAAAAUAAGCCGGAUGUUACUGAAAUACCGGACAACGAUGAUGCAAGUCAAUCGGAUGGGAAUACACAAGUGUUUGAUAAAAAUCUCUACUUAGUUGACACUAAGAAUGAAGUCGAAUGGCAUACAAUAAAAGUCAUAGAGUCAAAAUCUAAAGAACGUCCGUUCCAGUGCACGAGUUGUAAAUACACAUCCAGAUUUAAAGCGUCCGUACAGAGGCACUUUCAAAGACACCACACGGGCAGUCAGAACCGGCCAUACAAAUGCUGCAAUUGUGACUUCUCAACCAAAACUAAAGAUCAAAUCGGUUUGCACAACAAACGCAGUCAGUCCGAACAAGCGUUGCAAUGUACGGAGUGUACCUUUAAAACUUAUUUCAAAUGCCAAUUUGUAAUGCAUCAGAAAAAUCAUUAUGCACACAAGUGUACGGAGUGCAAUUAUACUUGCAGGCAUAAGUAUGAGAUACAGAAACAUAUUUAUACAAUACAUAUGGGUAAUGGUCUAAAAUGUCGAUUCUGUGAUUAUAAAGCUACGAGAAAAGAAAGUUUGCUUUGCCACGAAACUAUUCAUACUGGUAAUAAGCCCUUUAAAUGUGAAUAUUGUGAUUAUAAAUCAGUCAGAAAAACUUUGCUUGAUAAUCAUAUGAAGAGGUAUCAUAAUGAAAUAAGAAAAGCACCCGUAAUAGUCGAUGAGAGUAAAAUUCAGUCUUUAAAAAUUAAUGUUGGUGAUCGGCUAAGUGAUGAUUUAAUACAAACUAUUAGGGAACAAAAUCUUACUAUUGAUGAUCUUUUGCAAGCGCAGACGUUGCAAGAAUUCACUUCAGUCAUCAAUCCUAAUAAUGAACUCGUUUAGAAAUUAUCUCUUAUAAUAGGUGUGAUGAUGUAAAAAAAUAGUGAUCCUAAUUAUUCUGUCUUUUAGGUUACCAAAAAAUAUUGGAUACGUAUUUAUUUAUUUAUUUCUUAUUACAGGUACAUUGUAUGUUCUAAAAGGUACAAAGCGUCCCACAAAACUGUAUACAACAGUUUGUCUGUUGGAUCAGAAUUUUUUAAACUAUUGACUUAGGUACAUUGGUAUUAACUAUAGCGUAUUUUUUAUUUUUUAAAAACAUGUACAGCUUUACUAUAAAAACUUAAACAUCUGUUGAACACUUGUCUAAAAAAAAUGUGGCUGCAAAAGGCCUGACCUUAUUUCAAUGGCAUAAUUUGUCAUUUUUUUAGACAAGUGUUCAACAGAUGUUUACGUUUUUGUAGUAAGGCUGUAAAAAUUCACUAAGAUAUAAGGCAUUAAAGGUUAGGAGUGGGUGCCUAUGACGUCGUGUUGUAUCUUCUUUGUUAUUGGUCUGUGAGAGUUCUCUAAAAGACGGACUAAUGAGAAUCUACAUUUUCAGUCGUCAUGCCUAUUUUUAAAUAACUGCCCAUCUAUUAGUUACAACAUCUCAGAAAUAUGUAACUAUAGAAAAACUUUUAGUAGGACCUAAAAUAUAUAUAAGAGUGAAUCUCAGAAAUUGCUAGCUAAGAUCAAUGCUCAAUCCUUCUCUGUAUGAGAAGAGUUAAUUCUUUCAGAAGACUUCUUGGCUAGUUCUGAUGAAAGAACGAAAGAAAUAAUGUCUUAUAUAAAUUAAAUUAUUAUCCAAAAUUACAUUAUGUAAAAAAGAUGCGAGAUAAUCUUCCUAUAGGCCCAAAUAUACCGAUAAAAUAAAAGUCCGUUUUCCUAAAACAACUGUUUACUUUGAAAACUGAAUGGAAAUUCAUAUUAAACAGAGGAUCAAUUCUGAUAAUUUAAUCAUAUAAUGUGUCAAUUGGAUAUCAAUUGAAUCUCAGUAGCAGCUUUAACCUUAGUGCUACUUAUAUCAGACCAAUCGUUUUCCAAUGGCAUUCCAUUGGUAUUUAGGUUAGUCUGCUCUACAAUCACAUUGCAAUCGUAAAUCAUUUGCAGACAAAAUGAUUCAUUAUUGAAUCGCAGGACAUGAUAAAAACGUCUAUUUAAAAGAAAAAAUAGCGGAAUGCCACAUAAGCUUCAAUCAUAAUUAGUCGUGAUUGAAUCUUAGUUGGAUAUCAAUCGUAUGUCGCUUGAGUAAAAUUAGCAGAAUCAAGGCCCAAUUGUUUUAAGAAAACUGACGUUUAUGUUGUCUAUGGACUUGGGCCAAAACUUUCUCUUACUCGCAUUAUUUGGAUUGCUAUAAUAUUAUAUAGUUCUUGUUUAUUUUAUGUUACUAGUUUUAAUGAUAGAAUUGCUAUGUUUUAAUUAAUUAUUAUAUAUUAACUAUAUAAGUCGAUAUGUAAUAAAUAUUCCUUUCUUUAUAUC